UUUCGGCAUUUUAUCGAUGAAUUUAUUAGCGUUCGCCGACGCUUUUUAUAGAUUUCUAACCUUUUUGUUCUCUUAUUACCUUGCCGCCUUCAAAUAAGAGUUAUCUUAAACUAGUAACAUUAUCAUUUUGCAAUAUAAACUCUGGAAAAAUAUGCAAUUAUUACAUUUCUACACACAAAGUGUUCCGAUCAACGUUCACUUGGUAAUGUCUGGACAGCAGUUCCAGCAACAUUCACAGCAGCAACAACAACGUGCCCCAACCGUCUAUAAUAAUAACAACAAGAAAAACGGCGGCAGCGCUGCAAACUCAAACCAAAACAACAACAACCCCCAUCAUACCUCAACGACUGAUUCGGUGCCGAACUCGACUGCCAACGUGUCGUCAGCAAUUUCGUUUGAGUAUUCAGAGCCGCCAGGAAACACCACUAGGACAACACCAGAUUCUGGGCUAGGGACUGACGACCAAAAGGGCACACCUCAACAGACACGUGCUCCGCCAGGAUUUCAUCGAGCAGCUUAUCAUCGGAACAGCGGUCAACAGCAAUUCUCUCAAAUGCGCCCACAGCCGCCACAUACUGGACCACCAAAUGGUAUGACAUAUUACGGAGGAACCGUCGGCGCGCCCGGCUAUCAGCAACAACAACCACCACCACAAGAAGGAUAUGAUCAACAGCAGCAGUUUGGAGGUGGAUCCGAUGGUGGACAAUACCAAAGAGGACCACCAGGAGGCUAUCGGCAGUAUCAACAAAUGGAAAGCGGUGGUCCGCCAAGUGGAUACGCGGAUGACAACAACGGUGGAAACAAUAAUUUUGUCAUUCAUGGCCCCAACGAUAAUUUCGAUGGUCGGCCACAAUAUAAUCCUCAAGCAGGGCCACCACCACAAAAUCAGCAGCAAAUGAUGAACAGUGGCAACUAUGAAAUUGAUCAGUACCGUGGACAAGGACCUCCUCCAGGAAAUACCUAUCAACAGCAGGGACAUAGUGGACAAGCUCAAUAUUAUGCUGGACCAGUAAUCCAGCAACGGCCACCACCGCCACACAAUGCUCAAUCUUAUGGACAGUAUAGGGGUCCACAAGGCCCGCAAGGCCAAAUUAUUCAAAUGAUGCCUCACAAUCCACAGAAUCAACAGCAGCAGCAACAACAUCCAAUGCUGUAUCCAAUGGUGUAUGUUCCUGUGCCAGCACCACGAGUGUUCCGGCAAGAGCCAGCUGGUGGAGCUAGCAGUUUGGAAAAAGACGGAGGAAAUGCUCGCAAAAGUAAACGAAACAGUCAAAAUGAGGACGAUGGUCAGCAACAUCAACAUCAGAAUGAACAACAACCUCAACAAGGCUACCAUCAACAGGAUUUUGUAUCGAACCCACUCUGGAAUCAGAUGCCUGUCGGUUACGCUCCACCAGGAAACUUCACGCAGCCUCAGCAACAACAUCAACAAAUGGAUCAACAACAAGCCGUCCAAAUGCAACAUCAGAUGCAGAUGUUUCAGCAAAUGCAACCAUACGGAAUGCCACAAGGAGGCCCACCACCACCUCAUGCUGCUGCUUCUAUGAUGAAUCAUCCCCAUCAGCAAAAUCAUCCUCAUAUGAAUGCACAAAUGACCCAACAACAGCAUCCAGGACAAUAUCUACCGCAACAAUAUAUGCAAAUGGUUCCGCCGCCUCACCAUCAAAUGCAACAAAUGCAACAGCAAGGUAGACGUCCAGGAGGUGUUGAGCCGCUCAUGGGAGGCCCGCCGUAUCAAAUGAGUGGACAAAUUAAUCAAAUGGGAGGACCAAUACGUGGAGGUUUUGGAAUGCAACAGCAACAGCCGAUGGGCUACUUCAAUUCUGGAAGAGGUGGAAAUGCUGGAUCAGGAAGAGGAAGAGGUGGUUCACGAGGUCACGGAUACCAACAUUCUCGUCAAAAUUCUAAUCAAAGCUACAAUUCUUCUCAAAGUUAUCCACAAAAUCGAGGAAAUUUUGAUUCAUCAAGUCAAUAUCAAUCCGACAGUCAACAAGUGGAUGAAUCAGUUACACAGCUUACCAAUAGAAUUGAACAUCUUCAACCAGUUAGCUCACGUGCAGGAUCACCAAGUAAACAGAUCCUUCAGUUAGUCGAAUCGAAAGAUGAUCAAACUUCGACUGAAAAUUCUGAAUCACCAAGUCGGUCAAGCACUCCUAAACAUCGGAAGAAGACCCCAAAGAAAGAUUUUAAAGUUGAUCAAGAAGCAUCUAUCGAAGCGACAAAAACUGAAAUAAGCGAGGAAAAUCCGAAAACGGAUGAUAUUCAGUCUAAAGAUGAUGUUACUUCGAAAUCUGAACUACACUGUUAUCGAUGUGAACAUUACCAGUUGCCUGCUGAAGAAGUGUCUUCCCAUAAUAUUCGCAAGGAUAAUGGUGAUUUGUGGUGUGAGCAUAUGAAAAAGAUCAAAUGCGGGCAUUGUGAGGCGACUGGAGAACAAGGUCAUCACCCUCUAAUUUGUCCAAAAAAGAAAGAAGAAGAACGUGUGGCAAAAUCUCGAGAGUCUUCGCAGAAGCCGAUCGAUCCGCAGGAAAUAAGUGAUGAUCAGGAUGAUACUGUACCGGAUGUUCCCGAUCAAAUAGUCGAACAAGACAAUCAGUCACAUAAAUCUCGUCACAAUUCAGAAAAUCGCAGUGGCGGUAGAGGAUACGGUCAGAACUAUAGCCAUAGUUAUGGCGGAAAUUCUACUGGUAGCUAUCGUGGACGAUCGUCUGGAGGAAGUGGAGGCAGUGGACGUGGUGGUGGUCGUGGAGGUUACUCACGUGGACAUGGUGGAGGAUCAGGAGGAGGACAACGUGGAAACUAUCAGUUUCCAGAAUAAACGUAAGUAAAAUCGUUGGAUUUUGAUUGGCACCGAUGUCCAACGACAACAAAAACUUCCUCCGAUUUUCAAGAAUCUUUCAAAUAUCCCGCUCGCCCAAACAAAAUUCACUUCGAUCUCUAUUCAUUCCAUCCCAUGCUAAUACCACCAUCCCACCGAAUUCCAACUGCGAAAGCUUUAAAAGAAACCCCCUCAUGUCUAUCCCGAUUUGUUGUUGAAACGUUUUGUUGUUUUUCUUUUCUUUUUUGUUGUUUUUUUUGCUAAAGAAUUCCCCCAAUCCUACAAGGAUUCCGUAACUCGAGUUCCAUCCUUUGGUCUGUUCGAAUUCAAUUCGUCAUCCCUUUUCUGUCAUGAUUUUGUUGAAAAUUGAAAUUUUUGGCAGAAAAUCCUGAUUUUUUAAAAUUGUGUCACCGUUCUUUCUUUCUUAUACUAUCUCCCUUCUCCCCCACUUUCUAAAGUAUCUCUAUAAUCCCGCCCGUUUUCCUCUUUUUCUCUAUCCCCUUUCUCUUCCCCAUCAAACAAUGCAUAAUACUGAUGAUGUUGGUUCGAAAAACGAUCUUCAAAUAUUUAUGUUUCCGAUAAAUCUCAAAAUUC